CCUGGCUGCCACUUGUUUCCACGCCUUCUCCCGCGCAGCUAUUGCUUCCUGGGCAUCGCCCCUCGUUCCAUUCGUCUCGGUGUCUGUUCGCAGCAGCAGCAGCAACUGAAGGAAUCCGUUGUCGAAUUGCUUGGUCUGCUGUUUGCAAGGUGCUUUGGUGGAGAUAAAUUGGUGAGAUUGGUGACUUCAACAACGAUGAAUGAUUUGCGGCUGCACAAGGGCGUAGUGCCUAGGCAUGAGAAAUUCAAGGAAGCACGUAGGGUGGCACAAACUACGCGUCAGCGUGCCGCACGAAGUGGCCUUUUACAAAACUUGAGGAAUUUUCUAACAUCGGAUUCCUUUAUGUAUGGACCUCUUCUAGAGUCGCCACCACCCACAGUACUAAGAAGGGACGACUCAGAGCCUCACACUCCAGAGAGGGAGCAUGAGGAUGGUGAUUUCGAUGGCGGUUCAACACGGGACGAUGCAAACGGUACAGAGAGGGGCGAAAGCCCAAAAGAGCACGAUAACGAUCCCGAGGAAACUCCAAUAAAGUUUCAAGAAUCUCGCACUACUAGAACCACCCUGUCGGUCACGCGUGGUACGCCCCGUUCUGGACGAACCGUGGUGCCGCCUGCGGAUGGAAGUCGGACUCUUAAAAGUACAGUCCCGGUGAGCAUGAGCACGACCACGACCUUCUUAAAGAUGCAAGUGAGGGGCAGUGAGGGAAGUCUUUUGUUCGAUGAUGGGGAUCAAGGAACUUCUUCUAUGACCAGUUCUUACGAUGAUGAUUUCACCCUCCUUGACAGUGAAAUUGCUCGCAAGGUCGUUCAUAUGCUAUUGAGCAAAGUGGGAGGGAGGUAUUCAAAGGAGUUGGGUGUUAACGUGGAUGCUGGAGAAGAAGAAGUGGAGAAAUGGUUCUUAGCUGUUGCUCUUUUUCACCGGCACUUGACAUUCGAUGUUCUGAAGAAGACCUUUCAGAAAUUGAUAGGUGCUGGAAUUGUUAGUGUAAGGGGAAUGCUGCAUAUGGAAGAAGAGGAUAUUGCUGAUAUUUUGGAAACUGCUGGCUACACCACCUAUAAGCACAGAGCGGCUUCUCGUAUUAGGAGGUUAGCGUUACAGCUGGAAGCAGAACACAAGGGCAAGGUGUCCACCUUGAAGCAUAUUCAAGAUUCUCAUGAGGUCUGCCGUCACAUCAGCAACUUACAUGGCCUCUCAACACACACUUGCAACAUAUUUUUGAGGGAGCUGCGAGGUGUUUGGCCAGGAGCGGCUACAGACUAUGACAGGCGGACAAAGCGUGCUGCCAUGCACUUACGAAUUGCUGAAUUCGAUAAAUCGGAGGAGUCCAACAUGUUGAAGGAAAGAACUCAUUUAGUUGUUGCUAAUGGUCAAUAGAGUAUAUGAGUAAUGAGGGAUAUCCUACAAGGUUAGUUGCUGGUCUAUAGUGCCUUAGAAUACAAGGAGAGGGC